AUGGCUUCCAAUGACAAAGUUACUUUGCAGAACAUUCAAGACUACGCCAAUGAGUACUUCCCAGAAGAGUUCGCGAAAUUGCCCUCGGCCGAAAACUUGGUGUGGGUACCAGCGUCACAGACUCGAACUAGAAGACAGUCGUUCAUGAAGAUCGCCCUGGUCAAGCUUCGCAUCGGCGGAUAUACGGCUAGCCAGUCAAUAUGGGCCCACAAAGACCUUGAUCAGUCAUCUGGAGGAGUAUACAUGCUAUCUGGAGGACGACGAAUCCUAUCGGUAAUGUUACCACAUAUCGAGGAACUCUGCCAUCCAUUCAAGGCCGCGUAUCGGCAAAGUGGAUAUUCGUUUGACGAGGGAGGACCCGAUCACGGCUUCGAGUUGAAAACUUUGAUCGAGUACUACUUUUUGCUGAAGGGUGCGAUAACGCCCUUCAAGUAUCCGUGGAAUUUGUGGAAUUUUGAAUGGGCGGUCAAGUCGGUCGCCAAUGGGGCGCCGCUGAGUAACAUUCCUACCGCCAAAUUUAGGGACGAUGCAGAGAUGCGGAUGCGCUCUAUGCAGUCUAUGCUAUCCUCUGCACCUCACGCAUCAGCAAUGUUACCGGCUGAUGUCGGUGUCCAAGACCGGAGCUUUGUUCCCAUGGAAGAUCUGACGUGCACUGUCAAGGAUCAUACCUCUGAAGAGAUUGAAGGAACUGGUACAAGAAGACAAGAAGCACACCAUACAGACAGGAACCAGAUGAAGAAGCUCUUCAAAGACCAGAAGGAUGCGCGAAGAAAGAUUGAUGAAGACAUGGCCGCCACAUCAGCCCAAAAAGAGGCACACAUGGCAAGAAUCCAACUGCUCGAAAAUGAGCUCUCUGAGGCACAGGCAGCGCGCAAAGCAAGCGAUGGAGCUAUGGCAGCUCUGCAUGAGCGACACGAACAGAUGCAAAAGCUGCUGGACAACAGUCGAAUUGAGAACGAAGAAGUGAGAAAGAAGCUGAAGACGCUUGGUACCAGCAGCGUUAAAUACGCCCGCCUAUGGAAACAGAGGGCGCGAGCAGAACGAGACAGACGGUCAGAGGCGGAAGACAAGCUUAAAGAAGAAUGUGCUCGCACAGAAGCCAGGAUGCAGAAAGCGCGAGCAUUCUACACAAACCAGAAAGAGUUGCUCGAGAUACAGGUUGCAGAAUGUCCGGAAGAAGAGAAGGAGUCGAUUAUGGAAGCAUUCAAGGCAGAGUAUGGAGAGCUUUGCCCAGAAUGA